CAUUUGAAUGAAAUUUACUUAUAUUUCAUAAAUACGUUAAGAAGUUGUUGACUAAGAAUCCCGUAAUUUUGGAGUUAAUUUAUUCAUAUUUAUGAUAUAAGCCCCCCAAAUUUAGUGGAAAGUCUGAACCAAAAUGGCGGCGUCGGGACCGGAAAAUAGCGAGCUGGUGAGACUUCGUGAAGAAGUUGCGGAAAAGACGAGAGAAAUCGAGCGACUGAAGCUGAUUUUAGCAGAAAGGAACAGCACAAGUGCACAGACCAAAGAAGCUACCCCAGCCCUUAUUGAGUCAGGAAACAUCAGAGAUGUUCCAACAUUUCAGCCGGCUGACGGACUAGACAAACCUUCAAUUGCACGCUACAGUAGACAACUGAUACUACCUGAGCUGGGAGUUAAAGGCCAGCUUGCCCUGGGUGGGACCUCUGUCCUGCUGGUUGGUGCAGGUGGCCUGGGCUGUCCUGCUGCUGUGUACCUGGCAGCUGCAGGCAUUGGGAGGCUGGGACUGGUGGACUAUGACUCAGUGGAGCUGAACAACCUCCAUCGACAGGUCCUGCACACAGAGGGUAAGGUGGGGACACCAAAGGCACUGUCAGCGGCUACAGCUGUCAAAGGGCUGAACUCCACUGUGCAGUGUGUUCCCUACCAUCUCCAGCUGGACAGCACAAAUGCCCUGGACAUCAUCAAACAAUAUGACAUAGUUGUGGACUGUACAGACAACGUGGCCACCAGAUACCUGCUGAACGAUGCCUGUGUUCUUACCAACAAACCCCUGGUCUCAGGCAGCGCUCUCAGGUUUGAGGGACAGUUGACUGUGUACAAUUACAAGGGAGGACCAUGUUACCGGUGCAUGUACCCCACCCCUCCCCCUCCUGAAACUGUCACCAACUGCUCAGAUGGAGGAGUAUUGGGUGUAGUGCCAGGUAUCAUUGGCUGUCUACAGGCUCUGGAGGUCAUCAAGAUGGCUGCCCGCCAGGAGGUGUCUUACAGUCAGAGGCUGCUGUUGUUUGAUGCUCUGGAUGGAACAUUCCGUGCUAUCAAGCUGCGGCCACGGCAGGCCAGCUGUGCGGUGUGUGGGGACGCUCCCACAGUCACACAACUACAGGACUACGAACAGUUCUGUGGGGCCAAGGCAUGUGACAAGACUCAGUCACUGAGGAUACUACAAGACAAUGAGAGGAUUUCUGUUCAGGAGUACCACACUGUCCUGAGCAGCAGCGCCCCCCAUCUAUUGGUGGAUGUACGACAGCCUGUAGAGCUGGACAUCUGUCAGCUGCCCAACCCCAUCAAUGUCCCUAUAUCUCAGGUGUCCAGACCUGAGCAGCUGCAGCGACUGAAGACAGCUGUAAACUGCAAAUUAAAGCAACUGGAACAAGAUGACAAAAAGUUACCAGUGUAUGUUGUCUGCAGACAAGGCAACGAUUCCCAGAUUGCAGUUCAACACCUGAAGAAACUUCUGUCAGACCUUCCAGUCAACGUGACAGAUAUCCGAGGGGGCCUGAUGGCCUGGGCUAGGAAAAUAGACACCUCUUUCCCUGAGUACUGAAUGCCAAGCAUACAGGGUACAAGGGUAUGAUAGGGACAACUGAUACUAAAGCAUGCAGAAAUGUACUAUUUUAAUAGUUUAUUCAGAAAAAUCAGCCUCGCAGUCUGUGAAACCAAACUGAAUGUCACUGAUUUGUACAAAUUGUUGCAUGGCGAGUUUUUCUUAUACAACUUUACGAUUUACUCUUGGAUGAUUUCCUUCAGGAUAACACACUGAAUUAUUUGUAUGCUUUUGUUCCAUCAAAACAAGAACUACCACUCUUUACCAAUGAUCUACAUUCCAUUAACAGUUUUGUCACUUUAAAGUUUACAGACAAGUUUACAGUAGUACCACAUUUGUACAUUUGGAGAAUAAAGAUUUUAUUCUUGUCCUGUGUCUACUAUGUCUAUGUACAUAGUAGACAGUUAUUUACUAUUACAGGUAUUGUCAACUAUCAUGUAAAUUUUUCUGCAUUUUUUUUUUCAAACAGGCACACACGCUUAUUUGAAUUAUUUGCUUAAUCAAAAAUAGAAUUUGAUACAUAUUUAAAAAGAGAAAUAGCUUACUAGUAUGGAGAACCUUGUGCUUGUGCUACAGAACAUUCAAUUGUUCAGUGUAUAUGUACCUGUCCCCACACACAUACAAAAAGAAGUUAAAUGUAUUCCAUAAUUUGAGUCUAAAAAACAGCAACAGUGUACAGUACUGAAUAAAGUAUUCAGUUAAUCCUUAA